GCGCGCGCGUGUUUACUCCCUCCCGGUCCUCCGCAUCUCAUGAUCCCGCGAGCGUCUCUAGGUGAUUUAGCGCCGCCAGUCUGAAGCAGGUGUUCAACAUGGCGAUCUCGGGACUCGGAUCUCACUCUAUUUCGCUCUUUUUCUACGUGAUUUUCGCGACGUUUCUGCACGAAGGAGCCGCUCAGACCAUAUCAGCGCAGGGUCAGAACCUGGUGACGAAUAAUGUCUCGGUGGUCGAGGGCGAGACGGCCAUCAUCAGCUGCCGGGUGAAAAACAACGACGACUCAGUCAUCCAGCUGCUCAACCCCAACCGACAGACCAUCUACUUCAGAGACGUUAGACCCUUGAAGGACAGUCGGUUUCAGCUGGUUAACUUCUCAGACAACGAGCUGCUGGUGUCGUUGUCCAACGUGUCGCUCUCGGACGAGGGACGCUACGUGUGCCAGCUCUACACGGAUCCCCCCCAAGAAGCCUACGCGGACAUCACUGUGCUGGUUCCACCAGGCAACCCAAUCUUAGAGUCCCGCGAGGAAAUCGUGAGCGAGGGGAAUGAGACGGAGAUAACCUGCACCGCCAUGGGCAGCAAACCUGCUUCCACCAUCAAAUGGAUGAAAGGAGACCAACCACUGCAAGGUGAGGCGACUGUCGAGGAGUUAUACGACAGGAUGUUCACUGUCACCAGCCGGCUCAGGCUCACCGUCUCUAAGGAGGACGAUGGAGUGGCCGUCAUCUGCAUCAUUGACCACCCAGCCGUGAAGGACUUCCAGGCCCAGAAAUACCUGGAAGUGCAGUAUAAACCAGAAGUGCAGAUUGUGGUGGAAUUCCCUGAGGGUUUGACCAGAGAAGGGGAAAAUCUCGAGCUGACAUGCAAAGCUAAAGGAAAACCGCAGCCUCAUCAAAUUAACUGGCUCAAAGUGGAUGAUGAUUUCCCCUCCCACGCCGUGAUUACUGGCUCUGAUCUCUUCAUCGAAAACCUUAACAAGUCCUACAACGGAACGUACCGCUGUGUGGCAUCUAACUUGGUGGGAGAAGCCUACGAUGAUUACAUCCUUUAUGUAUACGAUGUUCUCACCACAACCCCCCCACCCACCACUACCACCAUCAACGCUUUCCAAGAUUCAAGAGCAGAUGGAGCGCCACAGAAAAUUGAUCACGCCGUCAUCGGCGGCAUUGUCGCGGUGGUUGUGUUCGCAAUGCUUUGUCUCCUGAUUGUUCUCGGACGAUAUUUUGCAAGACACAAAGGUACCUACUUUACCCACGAAGCCAAAGGAGCGGACGACGCCGCGGACGCCGACACUGCCAUCAUCAAUGCAGAGGGGGGACACAACAAUUCGGAUGACAAGAAGGAAUACUACAUUUAACUCUGACUAGACCUGCUAGCUUCCUGUGCUGAACAGCAAACUGUGGACUGCUAGGUUGGGAGGUAGGGGUUGUGGGAUUCAAUCAGGCUGGAUUCACACCUGUGCAGCUGAAGAGACGGUGAGGAGAAGGUGCUGCCAUCGAGACGGAUGGGGUGUGGGAUGGCAGAGCACUAGGAGAGCUCAAUUUUAGACCGCUUCACCAUCCAACACCUCCUGCUGGGGCCGGUUUUGUUCAGUUUAAACAUUUGCUAAGAAUUUUGUGCCUUGUUCUGUUCUUACUGAAGUUCCCACUUUCAUCAGGACACCCACAAGCUACUGUCUCUCGAACGGUCUGAACCCACGGUUGUUUUGUUUUCGUCUGAACCCACGGUUGUUUUCAUGGAUUGAUUCCAAGUCAUUUAUUUGGCAAAUUGCCUGUUGCUCUCCUUAGUCCCUUAGAGAAGAUAGAAACCUCUUUCGUUGUGACCAACGACAUUCAGCAACAGUAUUGUGUUGUUGCAUUAUUUAUUAGAUAUGCUGUAUGUGAUUAUAAUCGGCUUGUGUUGAUAUUAGGGCUGUCAAUUAAACACAUUACUUCAAUGCCAUUAAAUAUAAAAAUAAUACCACUGAUCCAAAUGUAAAUUUUUUUUCAAUGACAUUACACAUUUUUGUCCAAUCUAUUUAUUUAAUCAAAAUAAUCCAGUUUGCAAUCAUUAGGCAUAAUGUUUUUAGAAACAUUGUCAAAACCGCUGCACUGUUUAUUAAUAUCUGGGUGAAAAAUCACAACAUUUUUGUCAAAAAUCGAUAAUAAUGUAAUGAUAUUUAUGGAAUUAAUCAUUUGUAACGAUUAUUUAUGAAUUUAUAGGUUGUUUAUAAUUUUAUAAUUUAUAAAUGGUACAUUUACCCAGUUUACUUUUGUCAUUUUUAAAGUUUAACUACUCAUAUACCGCAAAAUAUUGCAUUUUAACAAAAUGACAAAUCCUCUUGUUGUUGGACAGACGAGACAACCUCUAAAAUGAUUUACUGUGGACUGUGGGUUGAUUGAUUGACUUCUAUUCAAUGAUAUGGAAAUCGAACAAACGGUAUAUUGUCCUCCUAUGCCUAAUUUGAAUUAAUUAGAUUAAUUCAUCAGCAUACAUUUGUAGUUGGUUUGCUUAACUUUUAAACGAUUGACAGCCCUAAUUGUUCCUUAGAUAUACUGUAUGUGAUUAUAAUCGGCUUGUGUUGAUAUUCAUUCCGGCUUGUAUUGCAUUAUCCAUAUACCAGCUUCACACACCGACUAAUUUAUUGUAAUUAACGCCCAAGCAUUAAAAUUGAAUGCCAAAGCAAAGAACAGCAGAUCGGCUCCUGGCUCAGCUGUACAGGAAGGCCGUCACAAAGAUGUCCCCUUCUACGAAACACAACAUAUCUAUCAGAGUGUAAAAUAGCUUUCAUUUCUAGCUUGUUCUCAUUCAGUAGGCUCAGUAUGAGGUUGAGGUCAGUGAGUUUCUCCGAAUAUUGUUAGUGCUUCUGUGCGCUUCUUAUAGUGACAUAAAAAAAAAAACUUUCGUACUAAAUGAAAUAGAUGGAGCCUGUAUGUUGUAAGCCAUACUCACAGUUGUGCCCUCCAACACAUUUUUGGUUAGCAGCUCUUAUUCUCGAUUCCUUCAAUCCAGCUUAUGUGUAGAUGCCAGGUUGAAUGUAAUAACUCUACAAUAAUGCGAUAGUUUUUAAAAGUUCUGUUUCUCAUCAAACAUGCUUUGUUUUCAGGUGAUGUAUGCGAGGGAGAAUUUUACCAGGGACAUGUAUUGUGUUUCCUCGCUCGUAAAUGUAUUAUAAAUGUAUAGAGCGUGGAAUUAUUACAUUAUUGUAGAGUUAGUCUAUAGUUGGUGAAAUAUUACACUCAUAUCAGGCAUUGUUUCAUAUCUUUGGCCUUCGUUCAGCAUCCUAGACAGUUGGACAGAUGCGUAUUGUUUGUGAUUAACUACAUGGGGGCAAUUUGGAGUUAUGGUGAGAGUACGGUUAACAUUGUAAAAUCCUUGUGACAAAAUUGUUUGGUCAUAGCGUUUACAUGAAUUUGUGUAUUAUCAAGUGUUAUUUUUUCUGUUUGUUUGUUUUUUAUUAGUGUUAUUCCUGAGAUUAUCUGACAGGUGAGCAUUAUUUAGAUUUGAAACGCUAAUAAAUUAUGGUAUAUUCGUGCGAGGCUCUCGUAGCUAAUGCCACUCUUUAUACUUGGUUAUAUGGAAAGAAACUUUCCUUUUGAUCGUCAUUGUAUGUUGUACAGAAUUUUGUGGUUUUAUACAGCAGCAGAUUUAUUUAAACAUAUCAUAUUCUGAACGCCUACGACACUAAACUGAUUGAGAAUGAAGAAAAUGAAAGUUACAUUAUGCCCCCUAAAAAAAAAAAAAAAACAAAAAAAAAACGUUGGCCCCAAUUUCAUACAUUACUAUUCAAAAGUUGGGGGUGAAAAGAUUUAUUAUUAUUUUUUUAUGAAUUAAUACUUUUAUUCCACAGAUAUGACAGUAAUGAUGUAUAUAACGUUAGAAAAAAUCUAUUUAAAAUAAAUGCUGUUAUUUAUUUUAACGGUAUACUGAAUAUUUUAAAAUACGUAUCAUAGUUUAUACAAAAAUGUUAAGCAUCACAGCUGUUUACAACGGUGAUUAUAAUAAGAAAUGUUUCUUGAGCACCAAAUCAGCAUAUUACAAUAGUUUCUGAAGGAUCAUGUGACACUGAAGAAUGCUGAAAAUUCAGCUUUGCCAUCAAAGGAAUACAUUAAUUUUAUUUAUUCAAAUGAAUGCAACUUUGGUGAACAAAAGAGACUUAUUUUAAAAACAUCAACAAAAAAUCUUAUCAACCCCAAACUUUUGAACUGUAGUGUACAUACAGAAAAUGUGCAUCCGAUUGACAUUCCAAGCAUGUGAAUUUUAAAAAAAGCAUUUAUAAUUGUAUAUUAUAUAAUUUCUCUCAAUUAUCAUACUGUAAUUGUAAUGGCAUGAAGCUAUUUCCAACUUAUGUCAAAUAUGGAGUGAGGGCUACAAAGAGUCAUAACAUGGUGAGGGUUUCCAGAGUGGAUCCACCAACCCAUACAGCCAGAUCACUCUUUUACUUUCUUUUCUAACGUUUAUUUUAAUAUUUACAAGUGAAAUGGUAAGUGAUCUAAAACUGCCCAAACCUGGAGAAAAAAAAAAGAAAACAUGCACACACAAACAUACCUUCAGCGUAGGUUUGAUUCUGCCCUGUCUCAGGUCUGUCUAUGAAUUCAUUUUUUGCAUCUCAGGUAGAAUGCAAAAGUGAUGCCCCAUAUCUGAAAAGACUUUAAGUUAUUAUCAAAAAAAAAAAAAAUCCUGCAGAAUAGAGCAUGUUCGACAUGUUUUAUCUGCGCUUCAGAUGCUGUGCACUGUGUAAAUGUUCAUAUUACUUUGUAUAGUUAGGACACAGCAGAUGAUAGGUUUAUUUAAAAAAAAUAAAUAAAUCUAAGAAGUGAAUCUUAGUGCUUACAUUUACAAUUCAUUUUCCAUUUUUAGACAACCUGUACCACCAGAGCCAUUCUUCAUUGUUUUCAUAGGUUUUAUGUCAGAUAUUUUUGUCUCAUCUCUGUAGUUUGUAUUCCUGUGUAAUUAAAGUUAUUUACAUGUUCCCGAUUACACUUUGUAUUUGACCAUGAAAAUACAUUUUUACAGAAAUGGAGCAGUACUGUCUUAAUAAAAAGAGGUAUUAAUGUUCAAAAAGCA